GGGAGGAGGGUGUGUGUGGGCGUGGGCUUGUCAUUGUGAAACAGCGCUGGCCGUGCUGUGUGCUCCAGGGGGAGAGAGAGGAGAGAGCCCAGGCCUGAGCUGCGUGUCCUGGGAAGAGGAGGGAGAGAGAGGGGCCUGGAUCCACACGGCCAUGGAGCUCAACACUGCCCCAGACGAGCUGAACAAACACCACUAACACACUCGCCAGAGACACACACACACACACACACACACACACACACACACACACACGGCAACGCAGGGACAGAACACGAACCCCGGAAGACGGGGCAGGUGUGUGUGUGUGCAGGGGAUGUCCCGGAGCGUGGUGGCGGGGGACCUGGUCCCUAGAGAUGUGUCGGAGGUUCUGGCCCAGCAGAGCCGCGUGUGUAAGGGGCGGGGCAGGAAGCACGGCUCCUCCUCUCUGGGGCGGGCCUUCGGUUGGCUCCGCCCAGCUCCACGGUCCAGGAGCAGCAGCACCGGACCCAACCGCACCGCCAACCAGAACCGACCCGCAGAGAACAGCGAUGCCAGAGCCGGACCCACCCACCAGCCCUGCAGAGCUGGGCCGAAGGAGGAGGAGCUGGGCAGGCUGGCGGUACACUACACGGCGUCGCCGCACUUCCAGGAGAACGUCUUUAUCGAGGGCAGCAGACCCAAACACCUGCAGGACCUCCACACAGAGGCGCAGGAGGGGCUCAAGAUCCUCCUGCAGGAGGAACAUAAAAAUGGUGUGGACUUUCUGGCUGACCAGAGUAACUCUGAGGUCGAGCCCUGGCCAGAGAGAGAUGCGGCCGACUCCCAUCACAGAGACGAGUCAGAGGGCCCUGGGAGCAUCGCCGCAAACUCCUCCACCUCCUCAGCAUCCGCUGCGUCCUCCGUCUCCAACCGACCCCUGCUUACGCGGCAAGGCUCCACAUUCAAGCCGCUGCACCCUGUGAAGAGGCCUGAGAGGACCAAGAAGAGGACCAGGAGAACCACCAUCAUGGGCAUUCCACAGCAGGUCCAGAGAGAGCUGGUCAUGCAGAGGGCAGCCUUGCCACAGCAGCAGCAGGUUGCUGAUGACGGAGUGACGUCCCUGGAUGUCGUGAUCAUCCCCACCAUCGAUGGGGAGACUCCGGCACCGGACCACGAGGGGGUACGUGUGCACCUGCAGAGCAUCGAGGCCAUCCAGGCCUCCCGCGAGGAGCAGCUUCUGAGGCAGCACCUGCAGGCUCUCUACAGGGACGACCUGGCACUCGCCCACCGCGCCGGACCGCGGGCCUCGGCCCUGCAGCGGCCCAAGUCCCUGGCCGUGCCCGGCCUCACGUCCUCCAGCUUCCUGCACGAGCCGCUGGGCCCGGUCAUGUCCAUCUCCCCCCAGGCCACCUACCUGUCCAAGAUCAUCCCCAACGCUAUUCUGCCUGCCGCCGUCGACGUCAUCCAGAUAGACCGCAGCCGCCGCAACCGGGGCAGCAUGCGCGCCAUCAGCAAGAGCAGCCUGGCUUCGGCCAGCCCGCCGUCGUCGUGUCGCUCGGGCGACGACACCCAGGAGCCGCGCUCGUCCGCCAGCUCUCACGGCAGCCAAUCACAGUCCUCCGAGACUGUCGUGUCCAACUCCUCCACCGUCUCCUCGAAGGGAGCCACCCCCACCCCAGCGGAGUGCCCGAAGGAGCGUGGAGAUCUAAGCAUGGCCCACACCAGCACUAGGGUGGCCUUGAGCUCCUUCUGCUCUGAGAGUAAGGGCACCAGCUUGAGGGGUCCAGAGUCCAGGGUGACCACUGUAGCCGAAGUGGUGAAGGAUGAUGAUGAUGAUGAGGAUGGGGAGAACGUCAGGAACAGCCGGGCAUUCACCCGGAGUCUGUCUGUGAUGAAGACCAAACAGCCACCCGCACCUCCCAGGAGGACGUUUUCCCUGCACCACGAGAAGGUCAAGAGGAGGUCAAGAGAGCUGGUGGAGGGGAAGGACUCGGGCAAUAAAGAGGGGGGUAAGGGGCAGAACAAGCCUACAGAGGGAAACACAUCUGCAGUCAGAGCAGGCAGCUCCGAUCACUCCUCCAGCUCCAGCACCGUGGCUGAAGAUUCCCGAUUAUCCAGCAUCUCCAGCCCCCAGAGUCCACUGGUGGACCAGUGUGAGACAAGCAGCUCAUCCCAACAAAACGCUUCCACGGCAGAGAGUAAGUUUGACAGGACUUUGUCCCCCUCCAGUGGUUACUCCAGCCAAAGUGGCACCCCCACGCUCUCUCAAAAGGAGAUCUGCCCUCCUUCACCGGAGAAGCAAAAGCCCCCAAAGCCAGAGAGGAGCGGCUCGAGGGCAUCUCCAUCAGUCUCCAACUCCUCUUCAGUUGCAUGUUUGUCCACAGGAGAGUUGGAUCCUGUGCGGCGAGGAAGCACGCCCAACACCACGCCUCCGCAGACACUCAAAGCCCCGCCUCCGACAGCUCCUCCCCACUCCGCAGUGAACCUCAGGGAUCUCCUCAACAUUCCACCCCCUCCCAAGGUCAAAGCCCCCUCGCCCCCGCCUCCUGAAACCUGGGCACACAACACGCGCACCUUUGAGCUUCUGUGUGGCCCACCUCCAGACGCUAGGAGGCUCUUGCAGCUGCAGAAUCAAGUGCAGGGAGUAGUUAACCAGACCCAAAGCCAAGAGCCUCCCUUGCAGCACCACGCUGCUGCUUCUCACCCAAAGACUCCCGCCAGUGGUGGCGAUAAGAAUGUCUCUCAGGUGGAAAACCAGGGAAGUGAAAAGCUGAAAGUGAAGGAAGAGCAAGUGCCUGUUCAGACACCGAACGACCGAACGACUGAAAGUGCGUUUGAGCCCCUGGCUCUGAGUAAUGCCGAUGCUGUGGUGACGCUCAUGAGACAGCGGGAGAGUCAGGAUAUGGCCGUGCACGUGAAACAGAGGGACAGUCAGGAUGUUCAUCAGAGGGAAGAGGCUUGUCUCCAGGCUGACAAACAGAAAAUCCCAGAGAUGUCAAACACGGGCCCAGAGAUGUCAAACACGGGCCCAGAGAUGUCAAACACGGGCAAGGGCCCCACAGCACCAAAGAAAGAGCCUCCGCCAGUAAUGAAGAAGAGGGUUAGAAUUAAGCAGAGACCGGAGGAGGCUCUGCAGAGUACACAAGGGCACACCAACAGCCUGCAAAGUACACAAGGGCACACCAUCAGCCUGCAAAGCACACAAGGUCACACCAACAGCCUACAGAGUACACAAGGGCACACCAUCAGCCUGCAAAGCACACAAGGGCACACCAUCAGCCUGCAGAGUACAGAAGGUCACACCAACACCCUAAAGAGUACACAAGGGCACACCAUCAGCCUGCAAAGUACACAAGGGCACACCAUCAGCCUGCAAAGUACACAAGGUCACACCAACAGCCUACAGAGUACAGAAGGUCACACCAACACCCUAAAGAGUACACAAGGGCACACCAUCAGCCUGCAAAGUACACAAGGUCACACCAACAGCCUACAGAGUACAGAAGGUCACACCAACACUCUAAAGAGUACACAAGGUCACACCAACACCCUAAAGAGUACACAAGGUCACACCAACACUCUACAGAGUACACAAGGACACACCAGCACCUUACAGAGUACACAAGGACACACCAACAUCGUCUCAGGGGAGGUGCCUGAGGUGUUGUGUCCUUCACCAGAGACACACCUCUCAUUAGCCAAGGACACCACAUCUAUGGUUAAGGCUGUCACAGGGGGAGCUAACACAGAGCGUUUGGCUCCUGUGGAAGAGUGUGUGGAGUCUGCGAAACUCCACAGUUCUUUGGUCCAGGCUGUCACAGGCGACGUUAAUGCAGAGCGUUUGGCUCCUGUAGGAGAGUGUGUGGAGUCUGCCAGACUCAACGGCUCUUCUCCCCCCCCCUCCCCUCCUCCUAACCACCAUCCACCCCCUCCCCCCUCUAAAACAUCACCCCCAGCUUCAUCUUUCUCUCCUCCCCCUAAGGAGGAACAAGAGCCACUUCACACAGAGUCUGUCUGGCCUCCUCCCCCUCCACCCCUGGAGGACCUGCCUGAGUUAGUCUACGAAGGACAGGAGGAGCUAGACUUCCCUCCACCCCCACCCCCUUUCUCACAACAGACCCUCCCAGAACUGGAAGGCUCUCAGAUAGAGGUAAACCAGGAAAAUGAGCUGGAGGACCUUGAGGCAUCUGUAGCUGACAAAUGUGUGGAGCUGCCUUCUGUACAACAAAACGAGGAGCUACAUCCUGAAGAGGAAAUCCUGGGAAACCCAGUGGCAGCACUUCCUACUUUACCUGAGGCUGGAAAACUCAAGCAGACGACUAUGUUAACUGCUGAUCAAGCAGUCACUGAUGUUCAACCAGGUGAGCAUCUCCCUGAAUGCUUUGAGGCCAUGGGGCCAUUGGACUUGGGUAGUGGUACUGCCCCCUCCAAUGAGUUUCCUCAGACGCUUACGGAACAACCAACCCUCACUCCUGAGAACCAGCUCCUGACUCAAGAACUCCCACCCCUGACACAGGAAAUACCGCCCGCGACACAGGAAAUCCCACCAAUGACACAGGAAAUCCCGCCCACGACACAGGAAAUUCCACACCUGACACAGGAAAUCCCACCCGCGACACAGGAAAUCCCGCCUCCGGCACAGGAAACCCUGAUUAUGACUCCAGAAAUCCUGUCCCUGGCUGAAGACCUCCCAUCCCUAAUGCAAGAAAACCUGCUCCUGAAACAGGAAAUCCCAACCCUAAUUCAAGAGCUCCCACCCCUUACACUGGAAUCCCCGACCCUAAUCGAAGACAUCCCGUCUCCCCCACAAGAGGCUCCACCUCCCCCACCAUCCACCAAUGACAGUGAUCCCGCCCCUGAGCCUCACAGGUCUGGCUCCGCAGGUUUGGGUCCUUCGACACUGCUCCUAGCUCACGUGCCUACCUCUUCACCCCCUCAGUCAAGCCAAGCCACUGUGAACUUCAGGAGACAGUCCAGCCAGCUGAGCAGGGAGAGCCGCAGCAAGGAACUGCUCUUACGGAAGAGCGCAUCCAUGCCCAAAGAGGACGCAAACAUCCCUCUGGUCACACCCUCCCUGCUACAGAUGGUCCGCCUCCGUUCCGUGGGAGUGGGUGAGGACCCGGGGAUGGCUCCAUCCCCUGAUCACACCCCAAAGGCUGACAGCACGCAGAGCCAGGACCAAGCUGUACCACAAAAACUCACAAGUUCGGACCAAACAAUACCCCAAAAACCCACAAGCUCAGACCAAGACGUAUCUCAAAAACUCAUGAGUUUAGACCAAGCAGUAUCCCAAAAACCCACAGGCUCAGACCAAGCAGUACCCCAAAAACCCAUCCGCAAAUCCCUGAGUCUGAGAGCUGGCACCCCAGCCGUGAAGACUCCAGGCGGCCCGGCUGCCGCCCCCUCACUUCGCCUGCAGGAGGCCAUUCGGCUGAAGACAGCGGCCAUGACUUCCAGGGACGGCCUCCCAGCCAGGCUAUGUCUGCGUUCCUCCAUGGCCUCCCUACACAGCGGCGACACGUCGUCUCCACCAGGGGGCGACAUGCACAAGUCCCCAGCUUCCACUGCCAGCUUCAUCUUCUCCAAGAGCACAAAGAAGGUUGUCAUAGAGACGACCUCUGCCCCUGAGGCGCUGAUGGGCCUGAAGCAGAGCCUGGCUGCUGAGCUGAGGCAGGCGUCUGACGAGGCUAAGCAGGUGGCGGCCAACGGCACCAACAAAAUGGCGAAGCUUCCGCCUCCUGUCGCCAGGAAGCCACCACAGCACAGCACAAAUGCCACCGAGAAGGUCACCGUCACCGCGGCGACCGAGCGGAGCCCCUGGGGAGGCAUGCAGGGUUCCGCAGCGGGGGCUGUGGCAGCCAACGGCGGGACCACGAUGUUGGAAGUUGCCAGUCAGCAAGCACAGGCUACAGAUGAGACAGAUUCAGCAGGAGGAGCAGACAGAACAAACAGCAUUGAGGUCUCGUGAAGAGGGCCGGAGGAUGUCACAGGAGUCAGCAAGGAGGAGUACCUGCGACAACAGCGAUGGAGACACAUAACCAUGGCAACAUGGAGCAUGGUCACUGGGACUGAUAUGUGAUCUCAAACUGCCUUAGCCUCACUACGGCCUUCCUAUUUAUGCAAAAAUGGUCUUAGUCCCAGCCCCCUUUUACCUUAAAUAGCUUUAUUUUAGCCUUUGAAGUAUUUUUCUAAACAACCAUUUUUGUCUGCGUGGUUCAGAGUGUGAACAGCUGACCCAAAAGGAUGGCUGUAUGGCUCUUUAUAGAGGUCUCUGACUGCAAGGUUAGACUGCCCUCUAGUGAUCACCAUGGGUAGCACGCACUGUUCAUUUCACUGUUUGAUUGGUCAGCCACACUUUUGUGUUUGGCCUGUGUAUACCCAUCAUACAUCAUUUUAUUUGAUUUGAAGCACUCAGAAGUAGAUGCUCUACAUGUGAUCAUGUGCUCCACUAACUAACUGCUAGCAAUGUUAUAUUUUAUGAUAGAUUUGCGUGCAAAUUGUCUGUUAACCUGUAAAUGCAUUUACAUAGACAUUUUAAAACUAAAACUAUAUUUAAUUUGUUUUUUCCUUAUACACUUUGUUUGGGAAAUGAUGAAAGUGCUUUUUAAGAAUAAGCUGAUGCAUAUAUUUGAAUAUAAAUGAACUCUUUUGAACUUA